UAUACAGGUAACUACCAAAUGAAAUGUUAAACAUUCAUUACUAAAAGUGUAUAUUUUUAGAUUAUGUAAAUUUCUGACUAUUUGUUUAGAAAAUGUAGUGAAACUGAAAAAUUAGAAACUUGUAAAAUAAUAAAAACUAACAAAAUAAAUAAGAUAACAAUAUUGAACAGCAUAUAAAAUGAGAACUAAUAAAUAAAUAAUUGGGAAAAACUAAAAGAAACAAAUCACAGGAAAAUUAAUCAAUUUAGGUUCAUAUAAAGUCACUACUAUAGAUAGAAAUCCGUUAUAUAAUUAUUCAGUUGUCACCCCCUCCCCCUUUUUAUUUGGUCUUCUUGAUUCUCAUGAAGCUUGUUUUUCUUAUGUAUAUUUAUUCGAAAAAUAGCAAGUAAAGGUUUUUUUUUUAAUCAAAGAUUAUUAAUUUGUGAGAAUCCAGAUGAAAUGAGCAAUUUAGAUGAUGAUGAUGAUGGUUGAUCCGAGGACCUCUGAAGAAUCUAUUUGGGUAUGGCCAACGAGAAGGUAAAAGACUUCUCUAUGUUUAGCCAAGUUCAUGACAUUGUUGAUAGACUUUGUGAAGUUUAUGGGGGUAAUGUCGUUAAAUAGUUGUUGCUGUUAUACUUAUUCUGACAAACAAACUAGGUGGAAUGCUGAAAAGUUCCAAAUUUCAUUUAUGUUUAAAAUGGUAAAUUAGUUUAUUUCUUAACUGUUGUCUGGUGGUAUGUUUAUUUUUAGAAUCUAGUUAAUUAGUUUUCUAAUUUUCAUCUUUUCUCAAUACCCUUAUAAUAUGAUAAUCUGAAGACAUGUCCAAGCAGCUUGUGUAGCAAUCAGAGGAUCAUUGUUGAGGGGCAAGAUUGUUACUAACCCUCUACAUUUCUCUAAACCCAAAAAUUAUAAUGAGGUACUGUUUUCUGAUUAGCAAUACAAGUUCUAAGGCGUGUCCUUUGGUCAUAAGUCUCGUGUUAAUCCUGAGCGGAGUGUUUAUCUCUGCGGCACAAGUCAAUUUGUUGAACAAGGUUCACAUUGUCCAUUUGGGAGCAAAGAAACAUGAUACUCCUGAGCUAGUUACUAAAUCACAUUACCAAAUUUUGGAACCAAUUCUUGGAAGCAAAGAAGCUGCCCAGAAAUCUAUAGUAUACAAUUACAAGCAUGGUUUCUCCGGGUUUGCAGCAAAACUUACAGCGUCCCAAGCAAAGAACCUUUCAGCGCAUCCCGAGGUUCUUUGUGUUAUACCAAGUCGAACACUGAGGUUGAAAACAACAAGAGCAUUCGAUUACUUAGGACUUCUACCUAGUUCUCCAAAAGGUCUUCUACAUGAUACCCGUUUGGGCAGUGAAGCUAUUAUUGGCAUCAUAGACUCAGGGAUAUGGCCAGAGUCAGAGUCAUUCAAGGACACAGGUCUAGGACCGAUCCCGCAACGCUGGAAAGGAAAAUGUGUGUCUGGGGAUGGAUUUGACGCCAGUAAACAUUGCAACAAGAAGCUUAUAGGGGCUGAGUUCUACGUUGACAGUCUUGCAGCAGAGACGAACGGACAAUAUGAUUUCCAUGCAGAAAAUGAGUAUAGGUCGGCUAGAGAUGGUGCAGGCCACGGCACACACGUGUCUGCGAUAGCUGCUGGCUCUUUUGUGGCUAACGCAAGCUACAAAGGACUUGGUGGAGGAACCGCUAGAGGCGUGGGUCCUCAUGCACGUAUAGCUAUGUACAAGACCUGCUGGGGAAAACUUGGAUGUCUUACACCUGAUGUACUCAAAGCAAUAGAUCAUAGCAUACGUGACGGGGUUGAUGUUAUAUCGAUUUCGAUCGGUGCUGACGCACCUGCCGGUUUCGAAAUUGAUACAAGCGAUGUAUCAUUUGGUUCAUUCCAUGCGGUAAUGAAAGGCAUUCCCGUUGUCUGUUCUGCUGGAAACGAGGGACCGAACGCUCAAACCGUUGAUAACGUUGCUCCAUGGAUCAUAACCGUAGCUGCUACAUCCAUGGACCGCUCCUUCCCUAUCCCCAUCACUCUUGGAAAUAAUAUAACAAUCCUCGGUGAAGGUUUAAACACAUUCCCUGAAGUUGGAUUUACUGAUCUUUUAUUACAAGAGGAAUUGAUGGAAACCUCAAUCGCACAAGGGCAAAUUAAAGGAAAAAUCGUGCUUGCGUUUACUCCAAACAAUGAAGCGAUACAAAAGGCAGACCGUGUAUUGAAUGCUGGAUGUGCUGGCAUCAUCUAUGCACAAUCUGUAGUUGAUCCUACGGUUUGCAGUGGCCUAGAUGUUCCUUGCGCCGUUGUAGAUUACGAAUUUGGAACUGACAUGUUAUACUAUAUCGAGACCACCGAUGUGCCUUUAGCAAAGCUAAGCACUUCCAAGACUCUUGUUGGUCGGCCUGUUGCAUCUAGAGUGGCUCGUUUCUCUUGUAGAGGACCUAAUUCAGUUUCCCCAGCAAUUCUAAAGCCAGACAUAGCAGCACCGGGUGUUAAUAUUCUGUCUGCUGUACCUGAUGGGUAUAAGUUCAUGUCGGGAACAUCAAUGUCAACUCCUAUGGUGUCAGGAAUCGUUGGGCUAAUCAGACAAACCCGCCCUGACUGGUCUCCUGCUGCAAUCCGAUCCGCACUUGUCACAACAGCAUGGAGGACCGAUCCAUCUGGAGAGCCUAUAUUUUCAGAGGGAGCAACACGGAAACUUGCUGAUCCGUUUGACUAUGGAGGAGGGCUGAUCAAUCCAGAGAAAGUCACAGACCCUGGACUUGUUUACGACAUGGGUUUGGAUGACUAUAUUCAUUACUUGUGUUCUGCGGAUUACUCUGAUAAUGAAAUUUCCAAACUAAUUGGGAAACCUAAUCAAUGCCCUUCGCCAAGGCCUUCUAUGCUCGACCUCAACAUGCCUUCGAUCACAAUCCCAAGUCUCACUGGAGAAGUCACCGUGACUAGAACAGUAACGAAUGUUGGACCGGCUGAUUCGGUUUACAAACCCGUUAUUGAGCCUCCUUUUGGAAUAGAGCUUGAGGUGAAUCCGAAGACUCUUGUGUUUGGUUCCAACACAACGAAGAAUACAUUUAGCGUGAGAGUGAGAUCGAAUCAUCAAGUGAACGGGGACUUUUAUUUUGGGAGCUUGUGUUGGACCGAUGGAGCUCACAACGUUACUAUUCCUGUUUCCAUCAGGACAAAGAUCUUGAGGAAUUACGUUUAAUCAUUUUUCACUUGUAAUAUAGUUUUUACCAUGGUAUGUUUCUGAAUCUUGAGAUUCUUUUACUAAUAAUUCAGAUUACAGUAUAUUUGGUUUAAACAUAUAUAUAAGAAAUAGUCAAUUUGCCAAAUAGCUAUAUUGGGUACCAAAUCAAACUUAUACGCAUACUAGUCCAGUGUUACAAAAAAAAAGAGCAUACCAAUCCAAUAUUUAAGUCUAUAGACUAUGUUAAGACCAUGUUAAAUUUUCAUUUCUAAAUUGUUUGUAUCUAUCAUAUAAACCAUGAUUACUAUCUUAACAUCUUUCACCAAAAAAAAAACCCUGAUAACUAUAAAAGCUCUUUUGAAUUGCAUACAUAUAGUAUGCAAUACACAACACAUGCUUUAGAGAAAACACUAUAUUUAAAGUUUGAAGUUAUCCCAAGAAAGAAAAAAUAAAUGCAUCUUUAUUAUCAUAUUACACACAGAUAAACCCACAUCCAUAAACUUAACAAAAAAUAUAAGAAAUGGAAAAAUGAAAAGG